CGGGCCGUCAUUUGAUAUCCUACUUCCAGACAAGACGAGCUUCGUGUGGGAUUGUGUAAACUUAAGUUGAGCCCAACUUGACCUGUUUAUAGCCAGGUCCUGCAGCCCGACCUGUGAGUGGGACACUGGGACUGCCAAACGGACGCCUCCGUCUGCCGCCGCCGCCGCCGCCGGAGCCGCCCCCUUCCCUGAUCUGCCACCUGCAAAGAUCGAUGCUGCUGAAAUCUCGGAGUAUCAGGUCGCUGACUUCCUCCUUUCGAUUCCUUUCCUCCUCCCCUUCCCCACUCCCAAUCGAAAUCCCUCUUCCCAUCUCCCAGUCCGACCUCGAAUCCCUCAUUUACCGCCAGUACCGCGCCGGGAAAUUCCAGCACCUUCUCCCUUCCGUCAUCGCCACCCCUUCCGUUCUCGCCGCCGCUGCCCGUCGCCUCUUUUCUCGCUCCAACCCUUCCCUCCCUCCCUCAUCCCCCGCUGCCUUGCACUUCUCGGUCGAUGCCCUUGCCGAAGAGCUCCGACAGGGUCUCCUCGAUACCUCCGCUAAUUGUUCCAUCCUUGUCCCCUCGCGAAAGAAGGGUGAGUCCCUCACCCUCCCCAAUCUCAAGCUCAAGGUCGUCGUCGAGGCCGUGAGGAUGGCUCUCGAAGUUGUCUAUAAGAAGCGCUUCGCCACCUUUUCCUACGGCGGAAGGGAAUCCAUUGGGCGUCACACAGCCAUCCGCUACCUUAAAGCCAGGCUUCAAAAUCCCACAUGGUGGUUUCGCGUUGUCCUCCGUCGCCAGCCCUUCGGUCCCCUCCACCUCCGUCGCCUGGCUGUUGUUUUGGAGGAGAAGAUUGAGGACCCUGCCCUAAUUUCUCUCGUCAAACGCCUCUUCGACUGUGAGGCCAUUGCCAUCGAGCUCGGAGGAGUCGAAUUAGGCCGCGGUUUUCCACAGGAAAGUGGUCUUAGUGGUACAAUACUCAACAUAUACUUCGACGCCCUGGACAGGGAGAUUCAAGAUAUCCGUGUCGAAAUCAAAAAAGAAAACCCUAGGAUUUCCGGUUUUGCAGAUAACGAAGAGACUGGAAUUUCUUAUGUUCUUCACAAACCAACUAGGGUUUAUGCAGUGCGAUACUUGGACGAGAUAUUAGUGGGCACUUCUGGCUCAAAAUUGCUUACCAUGGAUAUUAAAGAUAGGAUCUUGAAGUUCUCAGUGGAGACAUUGGAGCUCAAGGUUGACAGUUUGAAGACCUCAAUCCACAGUGCCGUCACUGAGAAGAUGAAUUUUCUGGGAAUGGAGCUUCAGGCAGUUCCUCCUUCAGUCCUUCACCCGCCCAUGUCAGAGAAGGCCAUUCGAGCUAAGAAGAAGUAUCUAAAAAGAAAGGCAGCAAAGGCUCUGGAAUUGAAGAAUGCUCGUGAGACUAGACGCAAGAACCUUGGCUUGAAGAUCUUGAGCCAUCUUUUUAAGAAGCUCAAAUGCGGUCAUGAAUUCGAAUUUGGCUUCCACAUAGAGCAUGAGGUUAGGGAAAUCUUUGCCAAUUGGGCAGAUGAAGUGGUGCAGGAAUAUUUCAAGUCAAGAGAAAAUUGCUGGCAUUGGCACCGGAUGUUCACUACCGGUGAUUUCUUGUCCUUAAAGAGGAUUAGGGACCAAUUGCCUGCUGAACUGGUUGAAUCCUAUGACCAAUUCCAGGAGAAGGUUGAUCAAUAUAUGAUGCCUGUUCAAGCUAGUAAGGUCAUAGAAGCAGAAGAAAGGCUAGCAGAAGAAGAAGAAGAGAGGAAAUAUGCUAAGAGAACUGUGGACGAUUUGACAGAGUUGAAGAUGAGGGUAAAUGCCCCCAUUCAGCUCGUAAGAAGAGCUGUCAAACUAGCUGGGUUUACAAAUGCAAUGGGAAGGCCAAGGCCUAUCAAAUUGCUCAUAUGUCUGGAUGAUGCCGAUAUAAUAAAGUGGUAUGCAGGUGUGGGUAGGAGAUGGUUGAAGUUUUUCUGUUGCUGCCAUAACUUCAAAAUGGUGAAGACAAUUGUAUCCUAUCAUUUGAGGUUCUCAUGUUUCUUGACAUUGGCAGAGAAGCAUGAGGUUACAAAGCGCCAGGCCAUUAGUCAUUUUACCAAAGAUCUGAGGGUCACAGAUGCACAUGGUCUUGAGGCAGUGCACUUCCCAACUGAGAAGGAAGUGAAGAUGAUGGGGGAUAAGAACCUCUCUGAUCCCAAGCCUGCGGAUGGCACCUUAACUCUCAUAUUGGUCAGAUUAGCAACCAAUGAAUCUACCUUCCCCUGCUUGGCUCAUUUCUGUCAUCAGACAGAAACCACUCUUUACAGAAUACGGCUUCUACAAAACCGUCUAAAUGUGGAUCCUCUUGACGAAAACAAGUGGGUACAAGGAAUGGGUGCCAUACAUGAGAGCUUCAAUAGAAAAUGUCUCCCUCUUUGUUCAAAGCAUGCAAGUGAUUUAUUACUGGGAAAUAUCUGUCUUCGAGACAUUGACGGCACUUCCUUUGUUGACGUUUGACAAAUUGUCCUGGAAGAGCCUUUCAGAAUCACUCAAAUUUCUGCCCCCUUUAUGGAGGCAUCCAUAGAUUCAUCAUGCCCCGGAGGGAUCACAUAGUAGUUUUUUGUUUGCCGUGUUACCUUACUCAGCUUCUCAGUUCUCGCUUUAUGAUUUUUUUCUCUCAGUUGAUCAGUUCCAAACCCUGCUUCCCAUAAAGAAAAGAAAUACAGGUAGGAAAAGAAAGAUGGAUGACCACAAGAUAAACACAGAAAAUGCAACGUAUCGCUAUUGUUAAGGUGAGUUUUCAUUCUUCUAUAGAUUUUAAGGAUAUUCUAUAUGCUCUCUUGUUGGGAUAAUUUACUGAAUGAUUAGAAAAAACAUUUGUUUUUUCAAAGACAGAUGGAUUAUUUAUGGGGCCAUGAUAAGGUCCUAUACUUCUUCAUGAUCUUGCAGUCUGAUUUGUCAGUUUUAGUAAUUUAUCUAUCGCUGUUGCAUAUGAUGUUUAAUUAAAAGAAUGCAAAAGCAAAGUUGCAA